UCGCGAGACUUGGCGUCAUCGCGGCGUCAUCGCGGCGCGCGGGAGCGCGAAGGGGCCCUCUGGGAAUUGUGGUCUCCCGGCCGGGGGAGGCCCCCCCCCAACGGGAGCCGUGCUCCACGAGGCGGAGGCGGCGAUGUGCGACGGCGAGUUGGGCGGCUGCGGAGGGGAGCCGCUCCCGAGGGAGAGGCCCCGAGACCGCUGCGACUCCAGAUGCGUCAAGUGCAAGGAUGGCUCCCCGGUGGUGAGCAUUCGUGCUGGAGAUGCCUUCUGCAAGAGCUGCUUCAAGGACUACUUCAUUCACAAGUUCCGUGCCAUGCUUGGGAAGAAUCGCUGCAUUUACCCUGGAGAGAAGGUUCUCCUGGCCUUUUCGGGGGGUCUUGCUUCCAGCUCAAUGUUGAGGCAGGUGCAAGAGGGCCUCAACCGAGAAGCAGCCAAGAAACUUCGCUUCAGACCAGGAAUCAUCUACAUUGAUGAGGGAGCUGUGUGUGGACGGAGCUUGGACGAGCGAGCGAAAACCUGCAGGCAGGUGGGGGCUAUUCUGCGAGCCACAGGAUUCCCCUGUCAUCUGGUGUUCUUGGAGGAGGUGUUUGACCUUCCCACUUCUGUCCUGAACUCGCUUACCCAGAGUCCUCUUGACCAGGCUCCCAGCUACAAGGAAGCGGUGGCUGUUUUCACGAGGUGGCAGCAGCAGCAGCGGGAGAAGAGGGCGGAUGCGGCGACUUCCCUGGAGGACCAGCUGGCAGAGUGUAGCAUGCAAGGCUUCCCGUGGCAGGAACGGUUGGCGGUUCUGAACGAGGCCGGCUCUUCCCUUGCUUCCCACGCGGAAGAGCUGGCCCGCCUCUUUGGGGGUGUCAAAUCCCUAACUGCAAAAGAGGAGCUUCUGCAGACCUUCCGGACCCACCUGAUGCUGCAUGUGGCUCGGAGAAACGGAUACACGAAAGUGAUGGUGGGAGACAGCUGCACCCGUGUGAGUGUCAGGCUGCUGACCAACCUCUCUCUGGGACGUGGGGCCUUCCUGGCUAUGGACACGGGCUUCUUGGACAGCCGCUAUGGGGACGUCCUGAUCCUGCGUCCGAUGCGGGAAUAUCCUGCCAAAGAGAUCGCUUUCUACAACUACCUCUUCGGGGUGCCCACCGUCUUCAUGCCUGGACUGGACACCAAAGCCUCUGACAGAGCCAGCAUCCACCUCCUGAUAGAGAGCUUUCUCUGCAAGCUGCAGUCGGAAUUUCCCUCCACCCUCAGCACAGUUUACAGGACAGGAGAGAAGCUGAGUACAGUUCCUCCAGAGGUCCCGACUGAUGUGUCGACAGCACCGGCCCGCUGCCUCCUCUGCCUCUGCCCCCUGGACACCCAUCUUGAGGACGGAUCCUCCUUGCAGGCCACGCUGCUUUCAGAAAAGCUCAGCCAGCGGCUUCCAGCUGAGGAUGGAUGCUGCGGAGGUGGGACCCAGGGAGGUUGCUGCAAAGCCCCUCCAGCUGGAAUAGAGACCUCCCAGCUUGUCCCGUUGCUCUGCUAUGGCUGCCGUCUAACAGUCAAGGAGCUGAGCUGCGUGGAGUCUCUCCCCCCGUAUAUUCACGAGGAGGCCAAGCGCCAGCAAUGCAGGGCUGCGAUGAAGCAAGAAAUCCAGGAAUUCUUGCUUGAAGACGAUACUUGAUGCAUCGGAUGCUUUACGGCCUAGAGGCGAACAGGGGGAGGACUGUUCGUGGGCUUAAUGGCCUGAGACUCUGCUUCCACAGGUGUUUUUGAAGCAGAGAAAUCAUCUUGGAUUCAGCGACGGCCAGAAUGAGCCAAGAAGGAUCCCGAUCUUUCACCUGUGCCAGUUUGACACCUCCUUGGAUGCACAAGUGGACUGAAUUUCUAUUUUUGUACACAGGAUUCAAAUGCUAAAAACAGGCAGAAGGGAGCAGCCGCCUUGCCCACACAAGUUUUAUGAAGCGUCCCAAGGAAAAGAGGUUCCUUCUUGGCAAUCCCCCCAUCCAGCUCUCCUCAAAAACUCUUCCAGGCAUCUCUGGAGAAGCUGAACCCCCAAACCCCCUCGGCUGUUGAACCAGAGGAAUUUCUCUCCUUCGUUCCCCCAAAGUCCCAUCUUGAACUCCCCACCACCUUUUUUUUUUAAAUCACAGCUUUGUUUUUAUUGUAUAGAUCUGUAUAAAUAAAAUGGCCUCCUAUAGAAAAAAUA